CAAAGAAGCGGAAUAUGCGAAUUUUUGCGUUACUGUAAGGAAUAGUUGUACACCGGUAUGCCUCUUCCACCGGCUCUACUUGCUCGACUUAAGAAACGCGGUAUCGUUGCUGCUGAACCACAAGAGGAAGUGGAAGAAGUUUUCGCUGAGAACUAUGAUGAAGAAACUGAACCUGUAUUACCAGCGUCAUUCGAUAAACCUCCUGCCGUUAAAAAAUGCUACACAGUCAGUCCUGUUCCUGUUAUUGAAAAUGGUAUUUUAAUUCAUGAAUGUGCUGAUUGCCCAAAUCAAACCAAUCCGUAUCAUAUUUGUUCUCCAUAUUGUUAUGAACGUUAUGGACGACGAAAAUUUAACACUGACAUGGUAAAUAUGCGUCUUAAGAGUAGAAUGCUACGGCGUUAUCCACUUCCAAGUCAUUGGAUUGAAGUUGGUGAUCCAGUCACUGGAAGAUUUUAUUACUGGAAUACAAAUUCAGAUGAUGUAUGCUGGCUAUCACCAUUACAUCCAAGAGCUAAGAUUAGUCAACCGGGUAAUAUUGUCCGAGCGAAUACACUACGUGAACUUGAAGCUGCUCGUGCUGCAGCCGGUGCUGCAACUGCUGCCGUAUUAGCUGCAGAACGUAAAGAAGCACGUCGUAGUCGAUCUAGUGGUUCUGAUGAUGAUAAUAAUAGUCGGUCACGUAGUGGCAGUGAACAUGAAGAUGAUUCAGAUGGAUUUGAAGAAAUUAAACGAUGUCGACGUGAAAGAUCUAGAUCACCGAUUGAUGUAGAUAGAAAAAAAUAUUCAUCUAGUAAUAGACGUACAACUUCUCGUUGGCAAGAUGUACCAUUUGAAUCUAAUAAUAAUAAUAAUAAUAAUAAUAAUAAUAAUAAUCAAAAAUUCACUUCUAAUGAUGUCAAUGUCAAUGAAAUGCCAACUGAUGAACGAGAAACUUCAUCAACCUGGAAACAAUCAGAUUCAACUAAUAUGGUUGACUAUGAUCAAUUAGACGAUGAACAACCGGAGGCGGAGGAUGAGGAGAAGAAGGAAAAGGAAAAGGCUAAUGAAGAAGAUGAAGAAUCAUCUGAUGGAGUUCCAUUGACUAGUAAUCAUUAUCAUACUAAUUCAAGUGUUGAGAAUAAUUCUGAUAUACAAAAUUCUAGAAACGAACCUCCUGCACCACCGCCACCACCACCUCUUCAUCUGAUGCCUCCAAUGCUGCCGUUAAUGUAUCCUCCGCCUCCAAUGUAUCCAUGUCCUCCUACUCAGUGGAAUCGACCACCUGGACCAUCUCCUCCAGUAUUCGCCUCACAGAUAAGUAAUCAAUCAGAUGAUCGUAGUCGCAGCACCACUCCACGUCAUUGGGAUCGACAUCCAAUAGAAGCGUCAGAAGGAGGCAGUCGGUCAAGAAAUAGGGAUAGGGAUAGAAAGCGUCGAGCAGCAACUCUUGGACCAUUAGAUCCAAUGGAUCCAGCUGCGUACGGGGAGGUGCCACGUGGAACAUGGAGUUCAGGUCUUGAGGGAGUAAGUGGCACACCAUCAGCUAAAACUGGUGUAGACAUUACAGCUUCUGGACCAUUAUUUCAACAACGUCCAUACCCAAGUCCUGGUGAUGUUCUACGUGCAAAUGCUGCAGCAGCAGCGGCAACAAAAGAUCAAGAAGGAAAUGAUGAACCUGACAAGUGAAAUUGAAACUGUUCUUUUGGUUUUUCCUAUUUUACCUUGAAUCUUAGUCGAGUGUUAUUUGUCUAUUUUUCUUUUUUUGUUUCCUUUUUUCUAAGAGAAAUAUACAUUGAACAAAGCA